AUGACGAGCCAGCCAGUCGCUACGUCGGAGCAUCGGCUGGCAUUAGCCACACUGCCCUGCUGCGCAGCGAUGGGCAGGCUGUCGUUUUCGGAAGCACCUCGUACGGCGAGUGCCAGGUGCCGGAACUACCCACAGGUACCAGCUACGUCCAGGAGCGACGGCGCCGCUGUCGCCUUCGGAGACAACUCUGCUGGGCAGUGUGACCUCCCUGAGGGCCGAGGCUAUGUGGGAGCAGCAGCCGGGCGAACACAUGCAGUGCUCCUGCGUGAGGAUGGAUCCGCCGUGGCCUGGGGCUUGAAGAAGUCAGGCUCUUGCACAGUACCAAGUCUCCCUGAGGGAGUGCGCUACAUCGAGGCUGCUGCAGGCGGCGACCACACGGUCCUGAUUCGGGACGAUGGGCAGGCGGUGGCCUUCGGUCACAACGGUGCAGGGCAGUGUGAGCUUCCGCCUCUUCCGGAGGGGCUGCGGUACGUCUCCUGCGCUGCCGGAUGGACGCACACGGUGCUCCUCCGCGACGAUGGGUUGGCUCUGUGUGUGGGCGGGAACGGCCGUGGUCAGUGUAAUAUCCCUCAAGGCCUGGCCAAUAACUGCGUGGCCAUCGCAGCCGGGGGCGCCCACACGCUGCUGCUUUGCAGCGAUGGCCGAGCCGUGAUUUUUGGCGACGACAAGUGUGGGCAGUGCGCCCCUCCCGACAUCUCGGAGAAUCUUGGCUGCGUCGCCUCGGCCACCGCCAGAGCCGUUCUGGUGGCCACGCUUGGGAUCGAGGAGGAUACCCUGGUGGCCCGCUGCGCUUCCGGCGCGGCGAUCCACGCGCCCGGCCUGAGCCAGGAGUCAAGCCUGGCAGAGGUGCGCCGCUGUUUGGCGUCGCGCCUGCGGGUCCCUCCGCUGCUUCUGAAGCUCGUGAAGUCGGAUGGAUCCUUGCUCGACUUGAUGUUGGACGACAAGGAGGUCUCCGAGCUGCUCGCAGAGCCUGCGACCUGGGAGCCUCUGGCACCAAGCUGA